AAUAAGGUCACAGCCAUCAUAGCAACAAUAAUUACAGCGGUACACUGACGCCGGAAUAACAAGGGAAGUACGUCUGGCAGAUUGGGUUGUGUUAUGAAAACAAGAAAACCUUUAUAGAUUUAAUUUGUUUUAGGUAAAAUCAGACAAGAAUGCCUCGUAGCAUGGUAAGUUCUGUAGGGUCCAGUGCAGGGUCGAGGCGAGCCAAAACUCGACAGUACUACACCGUCAGCAAAACUUCAAAUGUCGAUGAGUCACUUUUUGCAACAAAACCACAUCCAGCACAGAGACAACGCAGUGCACCAGAACUUACAACCGAUACAUUUUCCGGGACUCAUAACAAAAAAAACAGACAUUCAAGCAGAAAGGGAAAGGAAGAAGUUCAAGUUAUUACCAAAGAUCUUAUUAGGAAACUUGUAGUUCCAAAAGAAGAUCCUUCAGGAAUGUCUGUGAUUCUUCCUCAAAGUGAGUACAUGAGAAUCCUCCUUAAGUCACGUGUAUUGUCCGAGGAUGAAAAGAAUGCUGAAUAUCUUGCAUGGAAGAAACAUAAGCAGGAAAUACAGGAAACCAGUGCAGCUGUGAAGAAUCAUCUGCAAGCUCUGGAUAAAAACAAGAAAAGGAAUGAAAAACUGAAUGAACUUGAGGAGGAGGCACAGAAGCAGGCUGAGUAUCUGUUGGAGAGAGCGAGGGAGCAACGUGAGGAGCAGGAAGAUGACAUAAAACAUUUAAAUGAAUUGAUUCUGAAUGCUAAAUGCCAUGCCAUCAGAGAUGCACAGCUUUUGGAAAAGGAACAAAUUAAAACAGAAAUGUCUGAGGAAGAAAGAAGACUAGAUCAGAUGAUGGAAAUUGAGAGACAAAAUGCAUUAAUUCUACAGGAGGAAAUUGAGAACCAGAGGAAAGUAGAAAGAUAUGAGGGUGCAGCUAAGGUACUGAAGCAGAUUGCACAACGAGAGGAAGACAGACUUCUAGAACAAGAGAAGAAAGACCAAGAGGCUCAACAAAUGCUACGAUAUCUUGAAAAACUUCAGAUGGAAGACAUUACGGAAUUGGAACGCAAAAGAAAAAUCCAACUGGAGUCUCAGCAAGAAAUUAAACGCGCCAACGAAGAACAGGAAGGCACAAAGAUGCGUAAAGUUGAGCAGGAGCGUUUGGCUGAUUUGAAAGUCAUUGAGUAUCAAAAGCAGAAAGCAGAGAGGGAAGCUAAAUUUGAGGCUGAACAAGAACUCAAAAGAAUUGAGAAAGAAAAAGAAAUCGCAAGACUCAGAGCAAUGCAGGAACGUGCUAAAGACUACCAGGCAGAAAAGGAUGCCUUGAGAGCUAAGCGCAACCAAGAGCAGAGAGAACGAGAGUGGCGUCAGAAAGAGAGAGAAACGGCCAUCAAGCAGGCCGAAAACGAGCAAAUGUUAAAGGUUGCGCGUGAACUUCAGGUACGCAAUAAGGAACACUUCCUAGCAGUGCAGGCAAAAAGAGAGAGAGCCGAAUUCGAACGUGUUCUCAAUGCUCAACACUCUGCUAACCAGAAAGAGAAAGAAAAAGAGUCUGAAACUCAUGAACGACAACGUGCUUAUGCUGAAAGUGUUCGCAAACAGAUCAGAGAGAAAGAGGUUCUGAAGAUUAACGAGAAGAAUGCAUUCUUUGAGGAGGGAAUUAAGAUUAACCAAGAAGCUAGGGAACGUCGUGCCAAACUUGAUGCCAUCAAACAGAAGAAGCUCAGUGAAUUGAGAGCUGUUGGAGUACCAGACAAAUACUGCGCAGAAGUUGCACGGCGGAUAGAUGCGCCUGUGGUCACGCUAUAAAACAGGAUACAAUAUCUUCAGUUGCUAUACAACCUCUACCAAGAGGACCUUUAAAACACAUUAUUCAAAAAAUAUAUUGUACAGUUAGAAUGACAUUUAGAAAGGAUGUGAAAUGAUAAACCAUUUAUGAUAACUGCUGACUUGUACAAUGGUGAUUAAAAUAAAUGAUUGUUAGUUAUGACACUAUGAAACUUAGUAUUAUUUUAUAUAAUAUCAAUUUGAAGGUUUCUUAAGGUAUUAUUUUUCUCUCAAUGAAUCUGUUACUAGUUGUUCUGUAUUGUUCCGAGGUGCAGUAGUUAUCUCUUCUCUAAUACUUAUGACCAGAAUGUUAUGCUGCUCCAGCGAGCAGUAUUCAAAAUUCAUUUCCACAGAAACCAAAGUAUCAAAUCAAAUUCUAAACAUUCAUUAUCCAUUUAUAUUUGUAACUGUAUAUUGUUAAGUAUGUUAUGUUGAAAUUUCAAGAGGUAGCCAAAGUAAACACAUUCCAAAGAAAGACAAUCUAUAGUCAAGUUUCCUUUAUGACUCCAAUCCCAUCAAAGUAAACAUAAGUCAUUGUUCUUCCACUAUUUUUUCAUUAUCAUACUGAUAACCACGAAGAUUCAAAUUGUAUUAAACUAUAAAAUUCUUCCAAACUUCAAUAUUCCCAAAAUUAAAUGUGUCCCUAAAAAGGUAACCCAUAAACAAUAUAGAUGUGUUUGCUUGUUUCAUUUUUGUCAAGAGACCCUAGCAAGGUUAAUCUAAUUAACCCGAUUCACAUGAGAAAUACUACCAGCUACUGUAGGUAAACCUUAGGAUGUUUUCACUGCUAAAUUGUGUCCAUGUGAAUACCUUUUCGAGCAAGACUAGCAAUGUGUCCCGUGUAACAUCCAUGCAAGAAAAACAAACUUGACAGAAACACUCCUGAGGUAUUUAUCAAGGAUCUGCACUUAUACUGUAGCAUCAUGCGUAUAUUUAACUCCUUCAUAUGAAUUAACUUUUAACAAGGUUUAUAUUUGCUUGUGUAAAGGUCACAUAAUCUCAAAAUAAUAUAUCAAAUCUGUGUAGCAAUUAGCACACAUCCCAUGUAAAAUUUUGUUGUGUAAAUUGGGUAUUAUAUUGUUAAUCCUGGCAUUGGCUAUUAAGGUGUUCAUAAGAGGGGUAAUUACAAGCAUUGAUUAAUAAUAUGUGAAUGAGUAAAAGCAGCAGUUUUCUGAAGUGUAUAAUUUAUAUAUUUGUACAUAAUAAGUAUAAUUGUUGAUAGUGUUUUCUUUAUGUUCUAUUGUACUACACUGCAAAUAGAUUUAACUACUUGAUUCUGUAGACAUGAAAAAAUUAUUCAUUAAAAUUUUAGUCAUUGAAAGUCCAUUGUUUGUCUCAUAUUUAAACACAAUUAUUGUAUAGGCAUUAACUGUAGCUUAUUGCAUAGAGGUAGUGGUGGUGCAGAGUGGGUUAGCUCAAUCGGCUAAACCGGUGGUAGCCAUUGUGUGUGCACUGAACCGUGGAGGUCUCUCUUGUAUUUCUCCUACUCUUUAUACUGGACAUCAGAUGUGGAUCGCACUUGGUAGCUGAACAAAAAAAAAAAACGACAAAAUGUCUGUUUCUGCCUUUUAUUUGAAGAAAAAAACAAAUUUUUUUCACAAAUACGAAAGUAAAAACAUUAAUCAAGUUGCCUUUGUACAUCUUUAAAAUAUUGUCAAAAUCAACUGCAAUUUCAAAUUAAAUAUGUUGGAGUAUUAUAUUUCUUUGAAGCCUGGUUUCACAAACUCACUACAAGGUAGCUAGAACAGUUUCAGUCCCCCUGGCAACCGUUUUGACCAAUGAGCUUCACCAAAAGCUGUCAGCUAUAGCAUGUAGCAAUUUUAUUUUAUUUUAACUAGCUAAAUUCAUUUGUAGUAAGCUAAUGAUUAUGGGGUUUCUGUCAUUUCCACCCCAGUCACAGAAAUUUGUGAAAGAAAUAAACACAUCUGAUUAUGAACAUCAUUAAGUAAUAUACUAUGCAACUUUAGUAUUUAAUGUUUACAGGAAUAGGUAAGAAAAAAAAGUAUGCCGAGAUUAUAAGCCUAUAUUAACCAUUAAACCUCUUACAAAAUAA